UGUUUGUUUCUGUCAGCGCUGCUUCUACGGUAGCACCGAGUGACCCGGAAGUUUUCCGAAUGUCAAUGAUGGCGCUUCGCAUGUCAGGGUGAAUCCUCCAGAUUGAAAAUAGUUAUAAAAGCAGUAUGUUUUCAUAUUUUUAAGGAUAUAACGCUUUAGCGCAUAUUGGCUCGACUUGUGUCGUAGUUAUUGAGGAGGAGAUGGCUCUGUGUGAACUUAGUCGCAGUUUUCGGCUGUUGGUAGGUCAAAUUCAACGAUGUCGUCCGAUUGUGGCUACAAAUCAGACAGCUCGGUGUCUGAGUCAGGCAGCCCCUCAGCAGGAGCCCAGUCCAGAUGAAAAUGAAGCCGUGAACCCGACCUUUGUGAACAGGAACCCCCGGAACCUUGAGCAGAUGGCUCUGGCCGUGAAGGAGCGGGGUUGGAAGACGACCUGGCCCCACCGGGAGUUCUACCACAGGUUGGUAUUAACUCGCACCCAGCACCAUGCGACGGCAGAAGUGUUCUCCUGCAGCUCUCCUGUCCCGGUGCUCUCCUGUUCGACCAAGGAGUGGGCGUUAAAGAAGGAGCUGGCCACUACAAAUUGCGUGGCAGCGUGUCAAGCGGUGGGAGACGUGCUGGCACAAAGAUGUCAGCAGGCUGGCAUCACCAGGAUGGUGUACAGGGCAAUUCCCUGGACGUACCGCUCUGAAGCUGUUCAGUCGUUCAGGGCAGCAAUGAAAGAGGGAGGUAUCAUCCUCAGUGAACCCCGGAGGAAAUACGUUGGGACCUGAUUUUAGGUGCCAUCUAUCAUGUCUGUUGUUUUGUAAAAAUGUCUUCUGAAUCCCUUACUCUCUGCCCUUUGGUGAACUAUGACUGUUCUGCCUUGUCACCACAGUGAAUGACAAUAUAAAGAUAUACAAAACGAAUGAUAAGGUUGCUUGUCCCUGUGCUUUGUGUCUUAUGAUAAAAUGCUUUUGAACAGAA